CCACCUACCUACCUACCUACCUACCUACCUACCUAUCUAUAUUUCUGCUCCACUCUCCAUCAAGUUUACUGUAUCUCGGUUCGCUUCAGCAUCAAGGGAGCGACCUACCCGAGAGGGCCUCGAAAGUCCUACAGACCAUUCGAGAUACCAGCCUGCGCGGCGACAUUGAGCGUCGACGAAAUCGAUUCCGAUUCACUGCACUGACGCUCGCGACUAGUCGGUGUUGUUGCGUCCCAUCAUCUCAUCACCUCAACUUCCAACUGCAAACACCUCCCUAACCCGCCGACAAACUGUCAGCAUCGUCUCUCAUGGCGCAGCAGAAUAAUAAUCGCAACAGCAACAGCCCGCACCUCUCCAACAACAACUCCCAUCUCCAGAACGGCUCUGCGCCGCCCUCUCCAUCGAUGUCGGGCUCUCAGCAACCUCAGCAAGGUGGCCAGCGACCAUCUGGCUACCCAAGUCCUACGAAUGGUAAUUAUCCAUCACCUUCCCUUUCGAACGCCCAAUAUUAUCCUCCUCCGAACCAACCUCAAGCAACCGAACCAUAUCGCGCCAGCUCGACCGGCAGUAACAACUCGAUGUCCCUUCCCUCGAUGCGCCUCAUCGACCAGCAAUCGCAGCAGCAGAAUAUGGGCUCGGGUCUUCCACCACCAGUUGCGCACAUGGGCGGUCCAUACUAUCACAACCAAGGCCAGACCUUGCCACAUCCCUCUCACCAGUACGCAAAUGUCACGUCUGAUCCUUCGGGCCAGAUGCGAUAUGCUCUCCCAGUUUCUGCGGAUUCGCGCGUCAUGAGCGGUGGCCGACACAAGAAGGUGAGCAUUUCCGUGAUCUCAAAAGCCGGCGCCGCAUAUGCAAAUGCUGACGCUCCUGUUGGACGUAAAGGAAAUCAAACGCAGAACCAAGACAGGCUGCCUCACAUGCCGAAAGCGUAGAAUCAAGGUCAGUACAGUGCGUUUUCGUUUCGUGUUCUUCGAGCGCAACAGCUUGAAAAUGAUGUACGCGAGAAGAGAAGAGAAGAGGUUGGGCGCUUCGGUUCUUCGCGAAGGGUUCUCUUCGUUUACAUCAAGCGAAUCUACCUAAGUAGGCGAGUGAGCACAUGAGGUCGCUUUACUCAAGCCAGUCUGGAGAUGCAUGGAUGGGCGGGCCCUUGGCCGUUACCGACUCUCAUUUCCCAUUCCAAUGCGACGAACAACACCCAGCCUGCCGUAAUUGCCAGAAGUCCAAGCGUGAGUGUCUUGGCUACGAUCCUAUCUUUAAGCAACAACCAGGUCCUGCUGCCAUCCAGCCCGCCCCAAGCUCUGCUCCCUCUCUUGGUGGCAUGGUAGCAACCUCGAACCCAUACGGACAACAACCUCAGAUGCUCGCAAAUUACGGUGCGCCUCCUGCGAAUAUGUCGUCGUACGAUCCCGCUCUCUCUGUCGGCGUCAGUUCACCUGGCUCUGCCCACCCACAAUACGAUUACACCAACGCAAUUGAUCCUGCUUUGGCGGAUGUUGCCGCAGCACCUCCAGUCAAUACGACCGCCCCGACAUACCAAACCACAUCUCCAGCAAAGAGACAGGUUAGCGAACUUCUUGAUCAGCAACCUCAGCCUCCUCGUAUUUCCCGUGACAUCACCAAUGAUCCAUCUUCAAUCGAGGAAAUCAAGCACCUUUACUACAGCAUCUAUGCCCCAGGCCUAGAGAACUUUAUUGAGUCUAAGUGGUAUUCCACCAAGGGCUUGAACAGACUUCUCAGCACCAAGCAUCUAAUGGAUCAAUUCGGCUGUCUUCUCUUCCACUUUGCAAAGACGUCGCAAGAGGACCCCAAGGAGAUGGUAUACACCGGUAGUGUUGAAAGUCGGACUGUCUGGACUCUUGCUACGAUGGUGAGAGGAUCUGAGGUCAACGUCGCUAAAGAAUCGAAGACCGUCCCAGCCAGUGAUGAUGUUACUGAAGCAACCAAUCGUCUGGAUGUCUUUGAGACUUUGUUGACCGGGCGCGUGGCCGCAGUCAAUCCUCUCACUGCACCUAUCCCUGGCAGUACAGAUCAUCACAGACUCCGCGAGCUGGAAUUCUGGCACACUCUCGGCAACUUUGUCGUCCUCCCAUAUGAAGAUAGCAAUGCGGUCAAGGACGUCGAUGACACACUUUCCGCUCUCCGAAACCUUCUUGAUGGUCGGGAGAACCGUGAUGUCCUGUACUCCAUCGCUGUUAUACGCGGUCUCGGUCAACGUGUCUCUGAGUACACCGACAAUGACACGCCACUCCACUUAGAUGAGAGUGAUAACAAAAGCAAGCUUCUGGUUGCGAAGAAGUUUGUCUCAGAUGAGGCCGCCGGAUCUGGAACAACCAACGUCAUUCGGAGAUUGUGUGAUCUGGCAGCUCGUUCUUGGGCCACUCCCUCCCUACCACCACCAUCGAUUCAUAGCACAGCUUCCCCGGAGGCGAAGUAAUCUGUCCAUAAUCUGGCGUCACAAAGGUGUUUCUAGGCGUCGCAUUGCAUAUGGCUCAUUUCAUUCUUUGUAGCAUGGAAGGGAAAUAUGGGGGUCUAUCUUCUUUUCCUUCCCGUCUGAGCUGGCAAGGCAGGUGUCCAAGAAUAUUGCCAAUGGCCCUACCUAGAAAGAUGUUUCUUCCCUUCUUUUACAUCAGCAUAAACAUGAAUGGAUGGAUGGACGGUUUGGCGGUGGAAUCGAAAUUUGCAGGAGCGCGCGUUGUUAUGCAGCUAAGUCAGAUGUACUCUAGAUGGAUGGACAGUCGACUUUCUACUCGUUCAUUGGUCCACCUCGUCGUUCUCUCUUUCGUCCUCUCGCGCUUGCACUUUCCUAAAUCUCCUUUUUACUUACUGCAGCAGGAAACAUGGAAAAGAAUCAAAAUGAGUAAAAGUAUGGAGUAGUUAGAGAGACGUGCCAUUGCUUUCAUGGUUGGCUUGUGCUGCCCAGUAUGUUUUGCUGCUGCGGUACCAGAAUUGGGAAUUGGCAUUGGGGGUGAACGGAGCUGGCGCUUGCGAAGAAGAUUCAUUUUCAUGCUGAUGCUGGAUGGCUGAUUUAGUUCUGCAGCAGUCUAGUCUGGCAUGUCCCUCAGGUGCUGCUUCUGUAUUCUAGUUUCCAUCCGUCACAGGACCAAAAAAAUGCGAGAAUGCCAUGAUUUCGAAAUAGUCGCCGUUUAUUACACCGAGUCCAUGUGCCAUGUGUCUCUGAGCACAUUGGUUCGUGAUGAUCUUGG